AUGCCGUUCGACCCGCGCACAAAGUCUCGCAAAACCACCACACUCCCAGCAGCACUUCGCGAUGAGUUGGGUUUACCAGCUCCUUCUGUCGGCAGGCGGAAUUUUAAGCCUCAUGAUAGACGGUUUGAUUCACGACAAGGAAAGGCACGGCUGAAGGUGAUUGGAAGACCACAGAAUGAUGCGCCGCGCGGACCGAUAAAGUCACUGCGAAACCAGGAGAAGGAACAGCAAGAAGAGGCGAGACAGCGUCAUCAAUCACAGCCUCAACAACAGAAGCCCAAGCCAAAGCCAAAGCCAAAGCCAAAGCCAAAGCAGCACAGCCAGGAGAAGCAGAAGAAGGAUGCGGCUCCUUGCUCGGCUCCCAAAGCAGAGAGUUCAAAACGCAAGCACGAAGAAAGACCUUCAAAGGAGUUACAAGUCGUCAAAAAGCCAAAAUCAACCCUAUCCCAGCCGCCUCUCGAAGAGCCCAAGACAAAGCUCAACCCGUUCACUGGCGAGCUGGAGCUCGUUCAACCAGCAAAGAAAAUGGCCUCGUCUGCAGGCAAGCCAACCGCGCUGGAGAAGAUGCUUGCUCGUGCAGAAGCAGGGCCCUCUUCCAAGGGUAAAGCUAAGGCCAAGGAUGGGUUGGGGGGACCGCUUAAGAAGAAGAGUCGAAGACAAAUGACUCAACAGGAGAAAGAAGAGGAGGAUGAGAUUAGAUGGUUAGAGUAUAGUUUGGGGAAGAGUAGACAGGGAGAGGAUGUGGUUAGGGAUGACUUGGAUGAUUUUUUGGACGAUUUGGAUCGGUUUCAGGUUGGAAUGUAUGAUCGGAGCGGUAGUGAUAGUGAGGGGGAGGGGCAAGGAGAGGGGGAGAGUGAUGAUGAUUCUGGGUUGGAAGAGGCUAGUGUCAGUGAAGAAGAAAGCACUGGAGAGAGUGAUGAAGAGGAAAGUGAGGUGGAGGAGAGAGAGAGUGAAGAGGGGAGGGAAGAGGAGGAAGAGGAGGAAGAGGAAGAGGAGGAAGAGGAAGAGGAAGAGUUGUACGAUUUCGAUUCGAACGAUGAAGCUGAUUUUAGUAAUUGGGACGCUGCGAUGGCCACUACUGAUGAAGAAGCCGAGCAAGAAGACCCCGAGGAGGAGGAGGAGGAGGAGGAGGAAGAAGAAGAAGAAGAAGAAAAAGAAGAGUCCGACGAUGAUUCUGAAGAGUUGGAUUCGGAAGCAGAAGAAGCUCGAGCGCUGAUCUCUGGGUCCGCUAGCACCACCGACGCAACCUCAUCCUCGGCCCCGGCAGCUCCAGCAACAGCAACGAAAUACAUCCCACCAGCUCUCCGAGCCAAAAUGCCCGCCUCCACCACCACCACUGCCACCUUUGGCGCAGGAGUGACGGACAGUGAAAUGGAUCCCCUAACAGCCCAGAAACUGCGCCGUCAAGUUCAAGGUCUCCUCAACCGUCUCGGCGACGCCAACAUCGACACGAUCCUAGCCGAAUAUGAAUCUCUCUACCGCACCCAUCCGCGCGCACACGUCACUUCUACCAUCACCCAGUUGAUUCUCGACACAAUUACAUCUCGCUCUAACCUCAUCGAUACUUUCGUCAUCCUUCAUGCCGCGCUUGUCGCUGCGUUGCAUAAAGUUGUUGGGGUGGAGUUGGCUGCGUAUUUCAUCACUCGCUUGGUCGAGGAUCUCACCAGACACUACGAAGAGCUGAAGAAGGAUUCGAAUAAAGCAGAGGGCGAAGAAGAGGAGGGAAGGGGCAAGGAAUGUAUGAAUUUGACGGUAUUACUCUGCGAGCUUUACAAUCUGCACGUUGUGGCUUGCCCGCUGAUCUACGACCUGAUCAGGAUGUUCCUCGGCACCUCAGAAGAGAGGAAGGUGGGGGAAGUGGAUAUCGAGUUGUUGCUCAAGACAAUUCAUUCUUGCGGCCAUUCUCUUCGACACGACGACCCUACAUCUUUGAAAGCGAUCAUUGGGCUGUCUCAAAGUCGAGUUGCAUCCUCACCCACCUCAUCCACUCUGUCAACCAGGACAAAAUUCAUGCUCGAGCGAAUGAAGGAUCUGCAAUCCUCCAAAAAAGCUUCUGCCAACACCAACGAUGCUUCCAACCCUAACAGUCCUUCCGGGCAACUCUUGACUAGGAUGAAAAAGUAUCUCUCAGGUCUAUCCAAAAAGCGCACUGUCCGUUCGCACGAAGCACUCCGCAUUGGGCUCAAAGAUCUACAAGAUGCGGAUAAGAAAGGUAAAUGGUGGAUAGUUGGGGCUGCAUGGACAGGGCAAAAUGAUCAAAACGAUGCACAAGGAUUGACAAAGUUGUUACCCAUGAAUGCUAGAGCAAAUGCUAUCCAGUCUUCCCCCUCCGCCUCUCUUAAGCAAGGGGAGCAAAGUGGAGAACAGCAAAGAUUGUUAGCAUUGGCCAGGGUGCAAGGGAUGAAUACGGAUGCACGUCGAACUGUCUUCCUGACGCUGAUCACCAGCGAAGAUUACAAACAGGCUGCGGAAAACGUUCUCAUGCUGAAACUGAACGAUGUGCAACGACGGGAAAUCAUCCGUGUUCUAGUCCACUGUGUUGCUUCCGAAAGCGUCUACAACCCUUACUAUACACUGAUUGGACAGGAGAUCUGUAGGAACGAUCACGGGAUGCGCAUCACUCUUCAGUAUUGUCUAUGGGAUUUUCUGAGAGAGAUAGGACAAAAGGAGGUGGGAGGUGAAAAAUUCGCUGCUGCUCUAUCCACUCCAGAAGAGGAGGAACAAGGGAAAAACGUGCAUCCGAGAAGAGUGGCCAACUUGGCUAGAGCCUAUGCAUGGUGGUUCAGCCAUGACUGUUUGUCUUUGCAAGCUUUGAAGACGGUGGAUUUUACGAUGGUGAUGCAAGAAAGGCCCUCUCAGUUUUUGGGCUUGUUGCUUGUUCAUGUGGUGUUGAGUCUUCAGGCCAAGUCUCCAGCUAAGACGUUACAUCUGCCGACGGUGACAGGCGCUUUGAAGGAGGGGAAGGUGGUUAAGUGGAUGCAGAGUAACUUGAUGGGCGGAAGUGUGGAUUUGACCAGAGGGUUGUUGUUCUUUUUCAACACCAAACUCCAUCCAAGAGCGCAGAAAGCAUUGAUUCUGGGAGAGGAAAAGGCAAGCAAAGCGGUAAGGGUAAAAAUGAAACCUUUGCUCGAAACAGUCAAAGAAGGGCUAGGCGUCAUGGUGAGGACGGUGCAGAUGAUCGUGCAGCAGCAGGAUGGAGUUGCCGCCUCCACAGCAGAAGAUGUUGUGAUGCAGUCGGAUAGCGACGACCAUGAUAGCAUUGGUGAUGAUAGCAUUGGCAAUCGUUUCUAG